CCAACCUGUACCAGAGGCUCAUGCCGGAGCAGAGUUACCCCUUGUUUAUUGAAGGGUAGCUUGUUCACAUAGGCGAUUAUCUGCCUGAGCAUCAGUGAUGCCAACCUGUUGGACGAUCCACUCGCGAAUAUGGCUACCUCGGCUCGCAGGGAAUUCUAUUUCGGCGUUCCAAGUAUUCCGUUUGGAAGGCUACACCCACAAUGGUCACCAUCCUUCUUUGGUCGCGCAUCAAUAAGUGUAGCCAAUCGCAUCCAUGCUUGUGCAGGGUUGACCGAUGUCCCUAUGACUCGGAAGCAAAGUUGCGAUCUUAUUAUUCAGGACAACCUUCCCGAUAUGUUUAUAGCUGGAUGGACCGGAUAAAAGGGCUUAAGUUUGACGUUCACUCCUCAGACUUUCGUCUCUGCAACUUUCGUUCCCCAUCUCGACAGCCGUAUUCGUAAGCUCUUUUCCACACGCAGUUCCGUCUCACCUUCGUACUGACUGCAGCCAGCAUUGAUCAUGCCCGAAACCACUGUCUGUAGGUGGCUGCCCGAAGACCCGGCAGCCAUUGAAGAAUACGUGCACGACUUGCUCUACGUCAGUCGCCUCAUUCAUGGACGUCACCCUGAUACCUUUGAACCAUUUGCGGAGGUAGGAGAAGAGCUGGAGAUGGCAGUUGGCAGAAUCAAUGUGGGCUUCGAGCUAAGCCGUGUACGACACUGUUAUUACUUUGAUGUCGGCGAGGAAGAAGUCUACCGCGUCCGCACGCUGCACCCCAUAGUGCAGGAGUUCAAGGAUUUCAUCGAGAAAGACGGUGCUGCCUACGCUGCUUUCAAUAAGAUGUUUGAACAAGCUGGGCCGCCUCAGAAUGACCAGCAAAGAAGGGUAAGAAACUACGUGGAGUUGAUGGAGGCUAUCGACACCAACCUUGCAAUCGCGCCUACAUAUCGUCCGGGCCCAAGCGCGAUGGUUGCUGGCGUUCCCUUUUACGGUAUCAUUGCCCGUUUCUGUAACACCAAUGCUGGCUACGAAGCAUUCACCCAUCCCGAAGUCAAUAAGAGAUUCUACGGGGUGUUCACGGCGUGGCACGCUUAUCUUAUGUCGCCAGCGUCCGCCAGAGUAAUUCAUGCAGAAGAGGGCGGCUGGCUCAACACUGCGGCGCUCAGAGCCAUGGUCCAGAGCGCUGGAGGAAAUCCUGAGCAGGACACGUUUGAGAGCUUUUAUGUUUGUAAUACCACUGCCCCUCACUAUGGUUUCAAGUCCUAUGACGAGCUCUUCGUCAGGGAGUUACAUCUCCGGCACCGCGCCCCUGUUCUUCCUGAAAACCCAGCGAUCGUCAACUCUGCAUGCUCGUCUACUGUCGACAAGCUAUACAAUAACCUCCAGAAGACAGAUAAAUUCUGGAUCAAGAGGACCCCUUACUCACUCAGCCAUAUGCUUGCAGAUGAUUCGCUCACUGAUCAGUUCGUGGGUGGGACUCUGUUACAGGCUAUGCUUGGAUCUCUCGACUACCACCGCUGGCGCAGCCCUGUGAAAGGCACCGUCGUGAAGAUACGCCUCAUUUCGGGCGCGACUCACGCUAACCCGCAUCCAACCUACUACGCUGCUUGCUUGGAUAAUAACACAACGGAUCAGGACGUCGUUUCCCGUUCUCAGGACUUUGUCUCGAACAUAUCCACACGUGCAUUGAUCUUCAUCCAAGCUGAGGAGCCCGUUGGCCUAAUGUGCUUCGUGGGUGUUGGCUUGGGUGAGGUGUCUACCUGCAACAUGGUUGUUCGGCAGGGCCAGAGGCUCGAGAAAGGUGCUGAGUUGGGCCAGUUCCACUUCGGAGGAUCUACCCACUGCCUCAUCUUCCGACGUGGCGUGACUGUGACGCCGAUUGAUCAAGGUGGUAGACCCCUGGUAGGAUCGAAGGUGCGAGUUGGCAAAGAUAUCCUCACCGUAAGAAGGUAGAAUUGAAAAGAUGGUUUCGCCCGCAUGUGUCUCGUGUGUACGAUAGCAAAAUUAAAUCGGUGUCUUGAUGUGUUUGCAUGCAAUGUAACAUUUCAGGCUUUACGACGGCAGUGCCAUCUUUCAGCAUCUUACUCGACUUAGUAUAGGGUGCCAGCAAUGCGGGCGGUUGAAAGGAAAUGAAUCGGACCAGUCUCACUUCGAAGGAUCUUCCCGCUGCCUCAUCCUCCGC